UGUUCAUGGAAGAGUUGUAGAUCAUUCAGUUUAACUGCACUGAUUCCCCAGCUUAAAACAAGCCACAGAACUUCAGUUCAUUGACAUCUGAACUACUCUGAACAACAUGUUUUGAUCCAGCACGAGCUAAGACAACUUUAAUGAAGUCAGAGGCUUUUUAAGCCAUCCAAAAGCAGACCACAGGAAUUUCAAGAGUGAAGCUGAAUGAAGCCAUGGAAAUGAGUCAGAGAGGAGCAGCAGCAAAACCUCAUUCAGAAUGCAUCCAUCCCUGCUAAGUGACUUGGGAAAGAAGUAAAUGAGCAGCGGUGAGCAGAUGGUGCAAGCGGCUCAGGCAGAGGAGAGAAGCGGAGAGAAGCGAGCCCGCGGAGACGGCGUGUCCGAGGAACAAACCACAGGACUUACUAACCCGAGCUCUCCACUAAGAUACACCGUGGGAGUUGCAGAUCGCCUGUGCUCUGCAUCCCCACUGCUUUGUUUAUCGGAAAAUAUUCAAAAUGGAAACCUGACUCCACUUCUAAAAAUAGCUGAAUUUACUCGGUUUCAACUUGAAGUCCCACUGCUGAAGUGUGACAUUGGUGAGCAAAUACCUCGUCUUAUCUCCAAAAGGCAGCAUAUCAAGCCAGGGGAAGAAGCCCAGGCGAGCUCCUCAGAUCCUUACAUUAGGUCUUUGCAAGAACCAAGACCAAGGCGAGCGCGAAGAAGCCGCCCCCGAAGCGCGGCGCGGGGCGCCCGCCGGCUGUGCCUGCCCCGCGCUGCCCCCUGCCGGGAGCGCUGCCCGCCCGCACCGCCUGGCCCGCUCCUCCCGCCCGCACCGCCUGUCCCGGUCAGCCCGCCUGCUCCGCUCCUCCCGCCCGCCCCAGCCGCCGAAGCUGCUCGGCUGCCACGGACCCCUGCCCUGUGUGGACGUCCCCAGCUACCGCCGGGCUUUCUGCCCCCGCAGGCGCCUCCAAAGGCGGCGAUCCCGUGCGUGCUGUCCUUCCCCGGAGGCUGCACCCCCGCGCUCAGCCUUGCUACCCCCACUUCCUUCUCUCCCUCCCGCAGCCCGACGUGCAUGCAGCACAGCGGCCCCAGCUGCGGGAGCCCGCUCCCCUCAGCAUCUGCACUCCGGUUAUGGCACCGGUACUCGUCCCACUGGACAGACCCGCGCGUCCCCCUGCUCGGGCGGAGCUCUGGCCUCAAAUGCAUCACAAACGGCUUUAGCGGCCGCUCACGACUCCUCAGCUCCCUAAGCAAUUAACCCACCAGCCCCUCAGCCCGGGGCGUCGCUCCGGAGGCCGUCGAGAUGUCACAAAGGUGACAAGCCCACAGGGCGACAGAGCUCUUCAAAAGCAGCACUUUGUUUUGAGAUUACUAAGUAAUGACAUAACCCGCUCUCCCGAAGAGAUUUGAUGUUAUCUGAGGCUUCGACGUAUUUCUGUGUAGUUCUCAGGGCAGGGAAAAACAUAUUGCGUGCUACUCACGAGAAGUCGACUAUGUCUGUUUUAAACCAACGAGAACACAAAAUAAAUACAUGGCCAGGGCAGGGAGCUGGGAGCCUGGGACAGCUUCAUAAACUGCGAGCGCUCCGCAGGGGCGGCAAAGCGGCCGCGGGCUAGGGGGAGAACGCGGGAGCACGAAGCGCUCCGCGGAGAAGCGCCUGCCUGGGAACUUCGGUGGCAGACGAACAGCGCUGCUGCUUGUUGGUUUCAGUUUUUGCUCUUUCCAGGGUGGGGGCGGGGGGAUCACUUUUUAAAAAAUUUCUUUUCUUUGGAGACAGCAAAGGCAAAUGGAAGAGCGACCUUUUGCUGGGAAGUAAAGAUCUGCCUCUAUCCGCCACCGCUCCGGUCUUACCU